AUGGGAACAAAAUCUAGUGAAGAAUGGGCAUCGCUCAUCAGAAAAUCAAUUGAUAACCAGGCUGAGGUCAUCCAGUCAAUCAACUAUAAAAUUCACUCUGAGCCGGAGCUUGCCUAUGAAGAGUUCAAGGCCCAUGACAACUUUGUCAAGACUUUAAAGUCUCUUGGAAUUGAAGUAACACCUCACGCAUAUGGUGUUGAAACCGCCUUUAUUGCGGAAUAUGGCUCUGGCGGCCGACUCGUCACAUUCAACGCCGAGUACGAUGCGCUCCCGGGAAUCGGCCAUGCUUGCGGACACAACCUCAUUGCGAGUGCCAGUUUUGCUGGAUUCCUUGGCGUCGUAGCUGCUCUGAAAGAAUCAGGAAGCCCAGGACGAGUUCGUCUGCUCGGUACGCCAGCAGAAGAAGGAGGCGGCGGCAAAUUAAAGCUCAUCGAUGCAGGCGCAUACAAAGAUACAGCUGCCUGUCUAAUGAUUCACCCAGGGCCCCAGUACCUGCUGCCAGGAUCUAUCCAGGGCGUGGCAGCUAUCAAGAUGCUUGCCAAUAUAAAAUGGACCGUCUCUUUCACCGGACGAACCGCCCAUGCUGCUAUGGAGCCUUGGAACGGCCUCAAUGCCCUUGAUGCUGUUUGCUUGUCAUACAAUGCCGUGUCAAUGCUGAGACAGCAAAUCAGGCCAUUUGAGAGAAUACACGGUGUCAUUGUCCAAGGCGGUGAUAGACCAAAUGUUGUUCCCGAUCGCUGCUCAGUCCAAUAUUAUGUACGAAGCGUCACGCUUGCCGCUGCCGAACGACUUUGGGCACGUGUGAAGAACUGCUUUGAAGGUGCGGCGCUUGCAACUGGCUGCCAAGUUGAAUACACGCCCAUCAAUUCAUACGCGGAUGUACGAUCAUCGAUGCCAAUCUGCCGAGAAUUUGUCGCAGCAUUGGGAGGACCAGACGCCGUUGCACUAGAGGAGCCGUCUGAUUUCCUCGCCGGCUCAACUGACAUGGGCAAUGUAACCUACGAGUGCCCAGGAUUCCACGGAGCCUUUGGCAUUGACGUGGAAAAUGGCUUUGGAAAUCACACGAGACCAUUUGCUGCAGCGUCAGGCACCAAGAAGUCUCUAGAGUCGGCUGUUUCUUGGGGCAAAGGCAUGGCUAUCGUGGGAUGGAAGGUCUUGAGCGAUGAUGCAUUUGCAGCAGAUGUCAAAAAGGACUGGCUUGAGGAUAUCGAGCGUGCCAAGCAGUAA